AUGACGGCGGCUGGAGGUCAGGCAGGUGAGAAACCUGGUUGCAGCAGUGAAAACUUUGUGUCCAGUUUUUUGAACAAUAAUUUCUCCAUCUUGUUCUUUAGGGUUAUUUCCAUGGUGACCAACCUCAUGGCUACCACUACAGAGACCAUAGUGCAAACCACAGGAAACCUGUCAGACCAUAAAGACCAAAGAGGAAGUGAAUUUGGUCUUACCCAUCAGGAACUACACCCGUCUGUGCUGAGUGCUGCUGAGAGUAACUCUGUUCUCCAGGGAGUCAUAGUGGCAGCUCAGGCACUGAUACUGCUGUCUGUAUUCCUUCUCUCCUGUCUUGGUAACUCAGCAGUUGUCAUCGUUAUCAUCAAGCACCGGCAACUUCGAACAGUGACUAAUGCUUUUAUCACGUCGCUGUCGCUAUCGGACUUCCUCACGGCUGUCUUGUGUCUGCCAUUCUCUUUUGUUAUGCUUUUCAGUAAGGAUGGCGUCUGGAUGUUUGGGGAUCGUUUCUGUGUUGCCAAUGGGUGUUUGAACACCUGCUUUGGUAUUAUCGCCACCCUGACAAUGACUUUGAUAUCCUUUGAUAGGUACUAUUCCAUUGUCAGACAACCACAGGCUAAAAUAGGCAGACAGAAAGCAGCCCAGUUAUUGAUUGCAGUGUGGAUAACUGCUGUCGUUUUCUCUCUGCCUUGGUAUCUGGUGGUCCGAACACCUAAAGAAAUCCAUAAGCAAGGUUUUUACCACUGCAUGUAUGUGUUCCACUCUGGUACCUCACUCAUGGGAACAGCUUAUAGCAUCUGUCUGAUCAUUGUAUGUUAUUUAUUGCCUUUUUGCCUGAUGUGUUUUUGUCAUUACAACAUUUGUAAGACUGUUCGGCUCUCAGAAAUACGAGUCAGGCCUGUAACCACAUAUGCAUACUUACUUCGAUUUUACAGUGAAAUGCGAACAGCCACCACAGUUCUGAUAAUGAUUGUUUUCAUUAUUUUUUGCCGGGGGCCAUAUUGUCUGAUGGGGCUAGUUACUGCUAUAGGGGACUACACAUUUAAUCCUGCAAUGGACACAGUGGCCAUUUGGCUAGCUUGGGCAAAUGGAGCCAUUAACCCUCUGAUCUAUGCUCUGAGGAACCCAAAUAUAGCCAUGUUACUGGGCCGCAGUAGAGAGGAGGGCUAUCGGACCAGAAAUAUUGCUGCAUACCUCUCCAGCCAAACUCAGAACCACGAGGCCCGGUUUAACAAUGCAGAGAGGAUAAAAGAUCGCUACCUGAGUCGCGCAGGGCUUAACAGCCAGCUGCUGACUUCGAGUCCUGGAAAAACAGGAGGGGGAGGAGAAGUGACAAUGUGGGCUUGUAAAAACCCUGCUGUGUACUUCUGUAAGGACACUCAGCAAAAUACUGCAUCACUACCAAACUCAGGUGGCGCUCAAAAGACAAAGAGACCUGACACGAGCCUUUGAGAUUUAUGAGAGAUGGAGUUUCCAUUAUCUAAGAGUUGGUUUCAUCAUCAGUGUUAUUGCUAUGAAUCAAGAUUUUUUUAAAGACUUGAUACUGUGUAUGACUCCUGAGACCAAAGCUCUUAUGCUAUGAUUAACAUUGUGCUCCGGGUAUGAACAACACAAAGAAUAAUUUGAGUUGUUCAUACUAAAAUGAUCAUAUUUACACUGUGCAAGUAUGUUGUGACAAAAGUCUAAGAUAAACAUUGUGAAACUAAAUUCGAGCAGCUUUUGUGCAAUAGCUGUAUCAUCUUGAGGGAUACCAUUAGGUCCUCUCAAACAUACUCAUUUAAACUGACUGAAAUAAGCAUGUUUGAAGAAUAUCUACAAUCUGUUCUGUGACACAGAAUGCUAAAGGGUGCAAAAUAGCUCAUGUCUGAGUUUGAACUAGGGGUGGGCGAUAUAAACGAUAUAUGAUAGAAACGAUAUAAA